AUGAGAAUGACAAUUUGUUUAUUUAAUAAACCUGAAGAUGUUGAUUUUUAUUACUACAAUCCUAUUUGUAUUGACAGUUUGGUCAUUUGUAUAAAUAAUCGUAGAUAUUCCGAUCUAGAUCCUCCAAAACAGAUUGCACUACCUCUAUUUGGAAACUUGUUAAGUUUUAUUUUUGAUUUGCCUUUUAUUAGUUUACAAAAGUUCAGUUUCAAAUAUGGUAAAGUAUUUGGAUUUUAUUUUGCCUCAAAAUAUGCUAUAGUUUGUAGCGAUCCAAAGUUGGCAAGAGAGAUUUUGGUGAACCAUUCUGACAAUUUUAUAAAUAGACCUGAUUCUCCGUCAUGGAAGGAGAUUUCCAAUGGCUAUCAAGAUAUUAUUGUUGCCAGAGAUCAAGAUUGGUAUAGUUUACGAAAGCUUACAUCAAGAGCAUUCACCAAGACAAAGUUGAAAUCACAAAUCCCAUUAAUGGAAGAACAAUCUUUGAAAUUUAUUCAACAUUUCAGAGCCUAUGCAGAUGGUAAAACUAGAUUAAAUCCAAUUGAAUAUUGUCAUAGAUUUACUAUGAAUAUCAUUCUUCAAAUGAUAAUAUCAAAGGAAUUGAAUUAUCAUGAUGAAGACAAUGAAAUGGAAAUGAAGAAUAUUGUACAUUACUGUGAAGCGGUAGCCAAGAACUCUGGUAUCUAUGCCAACUACGAAUCAUUUACAUUCUUACAUCCAUUGAUUCGAUUGUAUAUAAAGUAUAUUAAGAAUGAAAAUACAAAAUUGGUAUCGAUUUUCAAAAGAUACUAUGAUGAACACCUAGCAUCAUUGGAUCCAGAUAAUCCUAGAAAUCUUUUGGAUUCCUUCAUUCUUGCAUCAGAGGAAACCGGUGAUAAGACCAGAAUCUGCUAUCUAUGCACCGACUUUUUAUUGGCAGGAACCGAUACCAGUUCCAAUACAAUCCUCUGGUUUAUCAUUCUCAUGGUAAACAAUCCACAUAUUCAAGAAAAGUGUGCCGACGAACUGAGACAUGUAAUAGGUUCAGACAGAAAUCAAGUAUUACUAUCAGAUCGUAUUAAUCUACCCUUUGUAUCGGCGGUAAUCAAGGAGGUAUUGAGAUAUCGUCCUGUCGCUCCAUUCCCAUUCCCAAGAAAAUGUAAAGAAGCUGUCGUCGUUAAUGAUGUCUAUUUCCCUGCGGACAGUACUUUCCUUUUGAACAACUAUGCCAUUGCCUUUGACCAAGAGCACUGGAAGAACCCAGAGGAAUUCGAUCCCUCCAGAUUCCUCUAUGACAACCACAGCGAGUUCUUCAUUCCAUUUUCACUUGGACCAAGAAAUUGCCUCGGUUUGAACUUGGCUCUAGACGAAAUAUUUAUUGCCGUCUCAAACCUAUUGUUGAACUUUAAAUUCAAUUCUGUUGAUUCAAAACCGAUUAGUGAAGAAAUGGUUUACGAUAUCAUUAUUAAACCAAAGGAUUUCGAAAUCUUUGUUGAAGAUAGAAUUGUCUAA